UUUUCUAUUUUAUUUUUUUUUUUCAGUUUAGGAUGAUAAGUAUUUAUGUUCAGAUUCUUCUAAUAAUUCUCUUUUGGAAUGCUGAUUGUCAGAUUAUUCCCAGGAUUGAAGAAUGUGGACUUUCAUGUUCUCAGGGGAUUCACUGUAAAAGCAAGCCUUCUGGUGACAUUUUUAACAGCUUCUGCCAUGAUGCUCCUGCAUCUUUACCUUCUAUGGUACUGAAAAGCAUGAAGAUCUCAACAGUGAUGAAAUGUGUCCAAGGAAGCCCAUGCUCUCUUCAUUUAAACAUUAAAGGAACACUCAGUCUGGAUGAAAAUGUCCGUGGGCUGGAAAUAUGCUCUUUUUCACUGGACACACAGCAAUCUCAGUGCACAAAUGUGAGAUUCACUAGGAAGAAAAGCAAGAUGCUUAAUGGAAAGAAGGUACAGGUCCAAUUCAAUUGCAUUGAAGUCAAUGUAGCACAACACAUCUAUGUGACCAUGAAAACUGUACCACAUUACUGUGAAGUCAAGCUGAGUCAGCAAUACUAUGUUGAAGACUGCAGAAACAGUGAUGUGGGAAAAUAUAUUCCAGCUUGUUCGGCUGGAAAGUUAGAUUAUAAUUUAGACAGGGCAAGGAGAAUUUUAACAGUGAAUGUAUCCAACUUUCCCCAAGAUCAAGAUUAUUAUGUUCGCCUGUGCCACAAAUGGUUUACCUGUGAAGAUGUUGGGGCAUUUGCUGUGAUAAAAGGAAAGGAAUCUUUUAAAUCCGUUUCUCUGAAAUAUUCUCAGCUGCUCCCUUGUCUUUGCAUUGAGGGUUGGCUGGCAUUUCCAGAUGCAAGGAGGAUACAACUUUGCCCCUUUGAAAAUGAUACACAGGUGCUAUGGGACAAUAUUGUUUAUAACCCAUCGACACAAACCCUUGCUUGGGAGCCAGCCUGUCCUGUCCUUGUUGUGGUUAACCUAUGCAGGUUCACCAAGUCGAAUGACCAUUGUGAAGAUAUAGAAAACUCUUUCAAAAAUUCUCCUGAGAAACAGGUUAAAUAUUCUCGUGUGGACACUCACCCAAGACUUUGCAUGAAGUUUACAACCAAACGAGGAUCUCGGAUUAAAUGUCCAUUUGCUCAUGGAGAAUUUCCAGCCUGGAAAAUGAGGACUGCUGCAGUUGCAGAACAAAUAGAAGUUUUCUUCACAUCCCAGAUCAAGGCACAGUUCUCAGUGCUUGUGUGUAACAAGACGCAGAUGGCUUCAUGUGAAUCUCUUGGGAUGCACCAUUCAGUCUCUGUGGGAGAUUCUGUUUCAAUCCCUAUGUCACAGGAAAUGUGUGGGUCAACAAUUUGCAUUCAGGGCUGGAGAACAGAUGUAGAUUAUUCAGUUCCACUGCAGAUCUGUGAUACCUACUGUGGUUUUCAUGGUCAGUCACACAGUGAUGGAAACCUAGCAAAGGCCAUGACACACAGGAUGAAGAGUGUGCAGUCCUUGCAUUGAAUUCAACAACAUGUUUCCAAGGUCCUCAGUAUCUUCUCAACAUUGUAUUUUGGUGCAACUUGCAAAUCUUGUCUAACUGGUCCUCUCUCAUGAUAGUAGUUUCUAAUGACUAUUAGAUUAUACUCAUGAGUGAAAAAUUUAGCAAGUUGAGCCUAUUCUAGUAUGACAAAUUCAGAUUAUGAUUCCUUAUUUCCCAGUAUUUAAAAAAAAAAGUCUUAGAUCACUUAGAAAAUCAGGUCCAUGUUUCCCAUUUAUACAAAACAUGCUCUGAG